AUGAAUGACUGUCGAGCAAUUCAGUUGAUCAACGAGGACAAGAAGUUUAAUCAGUCGACUUUGGAAUAUUUCAAACAGUGGAUUGGGGAUCGAGAUGUUGGUCUGGACUAUCAUGUUGUAUCAGUGUUUGGAUCACAGUCUAGUGGGAAAUCUACGCUUUUGAAUGCUUUAUUUAAGACUGAGUUUGAUACUAUGAAUGCGCAAUUCAAAAGACAGCAAACUACCAAGGGGAUUUGGAUUGCUCAUAGUAAAGAAAUUGCUUGUACGAAAGAAGUUGGGGAUGGUGUGAAAGGGUUAGAUUUGUUUGUUUUAGAUGUUGAAGGAUCGGACGGUGCUGAGAGGGGGGAAGACAAGGACUUUGAGCGUAAAGCAGCAUUGUUUGCACUAGCGACUUCAGAGGUUUUGAUUGUGAACAUGUGGGAACAGCAAGUUGGGUUGUACCAAGGUAAUAAUAUGGGCCUUUUGAAGACGGUUUUUGAAGUUAAUUUGUCCUUAUUUGGUCACAAGCGGGACAAGCAGAAGAUCUUGUUGUUGUUUGUGAUCCGGGAUUUUACUGGAUUUACACCGUUAUCCAGUUUACUUGAGACCUUGACUGCCGAGUUGGAAUCUAUGUGGAUGGAUUUAAAUAAGCCGGCAGAAGCUGAAAAUAGUACUUUGUAUGAUUUUUUUGAUCUUGAUUUCACUGGAUUGAGUCAUAAGUUGUUUAAACCCGAAGAAUUUGCUGGUGAUGUUGCAAAGUUGGGGAAUAGGUUUGUGGAUCGAACUUCUGAGAAUUUCUACUUGCAAGCCAAGUAUCACCAGGGUCUUCCCUUAGAUGGAUGGACAUUUUAUGCUGAUAGUUGUUGGGAGCAGAUUGAAAGUAACAAAGAUUUGGAUCUACCUACUCAACAGACAUUAGUUGCUAAAUUCAAAACAGAGGAGAUCUCGAAUGUCGCAUUUAACAAUUUCUUGUCUAACUACUCAACAUUGGAGACUGGAUUAUCUGGAACAGAGUUAGCGAAUCAGUUGAAAGACUUGAAGGAUAAAUGCCUUGCAGAAUACGAUAAUUACGGCUGCAGGUAUAUGAAAAAUAUCUACUUGGAAAAAAGGGACGAGUUAUUAGAAAAAUUACAAACCAAGUUCAAUGAAGCUAUUUCUAAACAUAUUGAUAGUUUACUUGAGUCAAUAGUUAAGAACUUCAAAUCUCUAACGGUUGAAAACGCAUCGAAGGUUCCCUUUACUAAGAGAUUACAUGGCGCUCGUGAAGUAGCAUUGAGAACUUUUGAAACGGACACCCAGGAGUUUGUCUCCCUGAAAUUAAAGCCAUCUCUAGACGAUGAACUUGCCGUGUUAACUGUGAAGAUAAAUGAAUUAGCAGAGCAAGAAUGUGCCAAAGAGAUUAAAUCCAUUAUUACACGCGCUAAAAAGUAUCUCUACAAAAAUGUCAGAGAUACUGUGAUAACUUUAUUGUCUCACCCAAAGAAUAACGUUUGGGAACUGGUUAUGGUGACUUUUGAAAAAGCUUUUACUGAAUCCAUAAGUAAAUACAAGGCCGUGGCUGAAAAAGACGGUGACGAAGACGGUAUAUUAUACGAUUUCCAAGUUGAUGCCUCUUUGGAGGGGGACCAAGAGAUAUAUCAGACUAUUAGGUCCAAUUCUUGGACCAUUUUAUAUGAAGUUGUACACCAGUAUUUGAAGCUGGAUAAUGUCGUGUCAAUAAUCAGGGACAUAUUUGAUAACCAUUUCCGUUAUGAUGAACACGAUGUUCCUAGGUUAUGGAAAGAUGAACUUGAAGUGGAUGAAGCUUUUAAAAUAGCCAGAAUGAAGGCAGUGGAAAUGUUGGACAUAUUGUCAACCGCAUCCAUAGCCGGUGUAGAAAUCGUGCCGGACGCUGAAUUAGUCCGUGAGGAACAGGAUGACGAUGACGGUGGAGUUGAUAAAGCUGGUGCUGACGCCUCAAAUGAUAUUCAUACAAAGCGUUUCUCCAAUAUAUUGAACAUUACAGAGAAAGAAAAAGUCCUUCAGCAGUUCAGAAGACAAGCAAACUUUGCUGUUGUAGAAGCUAAGAGGUCAACUAUUAGAACUACAACACAUAUUCCAAUUUGGAUGUAUGGUCUCCUAGUGGUUUUAGGCUGGAACGAAUUUAUGAUGAUUCUUCGCAACCCACUACUGAUUUCUUUUCUACUAAUAGCCGCUGCCGCCUUUUACUUCAUUCACAAGUUGCAUUUGUGGGGUCCGCUCGCUACCUUUGCGACGUCUGCAACAGAAGAAACAAAAUUAACCAUAAAAUCGAAAUUAAGGUCCAUGCUUAUGGACGGUAACAACAACAGCAAUACAAUUCCUAUGCAACCAAUAGAGUCCUUUGAAUUGCAAGACUUUUCUAAUAAAGAGACUACUGAAAAAAUUGAACAAGAGGAAUAG